AUGUCAACUCCUUCUGGUACUCCCGCAAGUGCCACUAGUGAGGCUCCUAGUGUUUCGAAUGACGCGACCAUGGCGGACGACGAGGAUGUUCCUGUGAACACCUAUUUCGUAGGGGGCGCCUUCCGUUGCGCGCAACACAUCACGCGCUGGAAAGGGCUGAAACGGAAUGACGUCCGUCUUUGCAAGGCGCCUAUCCCUUCUGCUGACCGCGGCACCGUCCGCGAAUUGUACGAAGGCAAACACGCCCGCAGGGAAGGGAAGAAGAAGGCGGAGGAGAUGGCGAUCGAGGCGUGUGCGGGUGGAGCGAAGAAGCAGUGCAUCGAAGACUUCUACGGGAAAGGGGCGUCGUGUGCGAAGGAAUCGGCAGACGACGCCAUCUGCCUCAUGUGGGCGGCACUUCACCUCCCGGAGCAUCUCGCCGAUCACCCUCUCUGGCGCAACGCUGUGCGCUGCAUCACGGACGCGGGCCAUGGCUACGUUCCCCCGAAGCGGCGGUAUGUUGGUGGCGCCGGCCUUGCGCGCUGCCGCGAAAAGAUCGAGAGGGGGCUCGCUCCCAUCACUGCGAGCUGGAAGCGGGAUGGCGUGACGAUAGGCUCGGACAUGAUGACGGACAAAAGUGGCCGUCCCCAAGCCAACAUCCUGCUCAUCAACGAUUCCGGUGCAGUGUUCACCGAAAGCAUCGACUGUAAGUUGGAGAUGAAGACGGGAGGUUACAUUGCAUCCGUUUUGCGCCCGAUCAUUGAGAAGGUGGGGCCCGCCAACAUAGUUGCGUUAUGCAUGGAUGGGGGCAGCAAUUAUGCGGCUGCAUGUAGGGAACUCAUGCUUGAGUAUCCUCACAUUGAGCAUGUGCCGUGCGCUACUCACGUCAUGGAUCUGCUCAUGGAGGACAUUGGGAAAAUGGAUUGGGCGAAGGACAUUGUGGCUAAGGCGGGGGUGAUUAUUACCUUUGUGCGUGCCCACCAUUUCACCAAAGGUUACAUGCGAAGCCCGCAGGUGAAGGGAGGGAAGGGGAAGCAGGUGCUGAAGCCGACGGGCACCAGAUUUGGCACGCAAUUCAUCGCGGUGCAGCGGCUUUGCGAGGUGCGGAGUGCAUUGACGCAGAUGGUGCUCAGCCCGGAGUGGCAGGCUUGGGCGAAGGGGAGGAAGCCGCCGGUCGAGCCCUUCGCAACCAUGAUCAUGGAUGCCGUGUGGUGGAAAGGUGCGGAGUUCUUCGUCGCCCUCCUGAAGAUCCCCUUUGCCGUCAUGCGCAAGACUGACUCGACGGCCAAGGGCAUGAUGGGCAGGAUGUACGAUCUGAUGCUGCAGCUCACGGAAGACAUCAAUGCGAAGCUGGAGGAGGAGGAGGUGGGAUUGGUGCUGUCCAGCAGCGAACGCACGGAGGUGACCAACAUCGUCCAAAAGCGUUGGGACCAUAGCAUGGCGUGUGCCAUGCACGUGGUUGGCCGGAUCCUCAACCCGGUCAACCAAGAGGAAGGCAUCUUCCGCACCGACCUGGAGUGUACUCGCGUCUUCAAAGUGUUUGUCGCUCGUCACUACGUAGGGCGGACCGUCACGCGCAAGGAGGGCGAGGAGCUGCGCGCAUCCCACGUCAUCCAGGACGGCCUGACGGCAUUCAACACCCUUCAGGGGAGCUUCGGCCUACCCGACGCCAUCUCUGACCGUGAGCUCGUGAAGGCCAGUAAGAAGACGGCCGUCCAGUGGUGGACGUGGCACGGGACGGAGCACCCCGAGCUAACAACGCUCGCUUGCCGCGUUCUCUCUCAGCCAGUGUCCGCAUCGGCGUGUGAGAGGAACUGGGCAGUGUGGGAAUCGAUCCACACUGCCAAGCGCAACAGGUUGGGGUCCGAGAAGUGUCGGGACCUCGUGUAUGUUGCGCACAAUUGGAACAUUGUGCGCAACUGGCACAAGGGGGCUGAGGGGGUGACGGUUCUCCCGGGGAACAUCCCUGAGGCCUCCCUGCCGGAAGGGUACAACGAGGUUCUGGAGGAGGAUGAGGAGGAGGGGGAGGAGGAUGAGCUGGAGGAUGAGUACAAGUAG